UGUAAAAUUAACCCAAAUACUUAAGGGCAUGUUUUGUAUAACAUUAACCAUGAUGGUUGUCUUAUUACAUGACACACAUCUCGGGUUUGUAAUAAUCAGCAGUUCUUAUUUAUAACUGUUCCAAAAUAACUUGUGUUCCAAACCAUCAAAGUCACCAGGUGAUACAAAGUCUGAAGUAUUAUCAAGGUAGUUGGCCUUGUAUACCAUGUAAAUUGAAAAACAUUUUCAGCCUCAAAUCGCAAAAAGAAAAAUAUAAGAACGUUCAGCCUCAGCUCUAAAAUUAGACGUUCUUAUAUUAAAAAAAAGAGUGUACUUUGAAUGAUUUCAUUAGGUGACUUUCAACUCCAGUCUAUUGCUAAAAUCCCCUUUUUUUUUCAGUCAACAACCGAGGUUUUAAAGACACAUACAACAUAAUGACAAAGCCAUGCCAGUGUUUUCCAGCGGUUUUCUGGUUAGCAAGAAGAGGUCCCCUCUAUAAACUAACAUUUGUUGAGACGUUGCGUGACCGCGAUAGUUUCAGUAGCCUCAAAAUAGUAAUAGAGCAGUAACAUUUGCCUUCACAUUUCAUGCCAAAUAUUUUCACAUUUGCUGGCAAUUUUUAAGGGUAAAGGCUAACUUUUUUAGUGUUUAUUGUUUUACAAAGAUUAUUUUUAGAAGGAAGCUCGAAUAUUAGCCAACAUUUGCAUCGCGUGCGGCCUGGUUUAAUGGGCACAAUUGGUGAAAAGAAACCACAGUCAAACGGUGAUCAAACAAAUAUUACGAGACUGUUUCAAUUUACAAAACGAAAACAAAAUUCAUAGAUGUGAUCAUUACCCUUACUGCCUUCUCGCCAAUGAACAUCAAGAAACAUCUCACUUUUAUAUAGAACUAACUAAGAAAAGCAAAACUUGCCUAACCCUCUGUAUUUUCCUGAAACAAACAAAAAAUUCACGCGUACUGCAGUUGCAUUACAAAGAGUGUCAUUACGUCAUGGGUCACUAGUGCCGUGACGGCGUCAUUGUAGCAUUUGAAUAAAUCGGUCGGUGAAUAUUGAUAAGAUUUACAGCUAAGUAAUCAUCGUUCUGAACACGGUAAACUUCACCUGUUUAUUGUGAUGACCGCAUCUACACUCUCCCUGUGGUUACUUCACGUGCUAUCACUUUGCCUUUGCUGUGGAUUCUCAGUGGCUUCUGAGGUCGUCAAUACGACUUAUGGACCCGUCAACGGGUCAGUAAUAUCACUGUCGACGAACAAGACUGUUAUAACCUACCUCGGCAUACCGUUUGCCAAAGCGGAACGUUUUGAAUACCCUGUUCCACCGAACCAGUGGACUUCAACACUGCAAGCAAACAAGAUUGACAAGAUUUGCCCACAACCUAGUCUGCCCGGACAGCCUAGUAGACUCUCGCUCAUGAGCGAGGAUUGCCUUCUGCUAAAUGUGUAUGUCCCAGGCAAUGCCACAAGCGAUUCAUCGCUUGCAGUUAUGUUGUGGAUUCAUGGCGGCGCAUAUAUCAUAGGGGAUACUCUAUUUUACGAUGGUGGCUUGCUGGCAGCCGAAGGGAACGUUAUUGUUGUCACGGCUGCUUAUCGUUUGGGAGUUUUUGGAUUCUUGAGUUCCUACAGCGAUAAUUUGAAAGGGAACUACGGCAUGCUGGAUCAGAUAGAGGCCAUGAAAUGGGUGAAUAAAAACAUUGAAAGAUUUGGUGGUGAUUCCAAGAAAGUCACCAUAUUUGGUGAGUCGGGUGGCGGAAUGAGUGUUGCGCUGUUGCUUCUGUCGCCGUUGGCCAGCGGUUUGUACCAGAACGUUAUCAUACAGAGUGGAACGGCAGUAACUUUGUCAGCACUGUUUGAAAAAGAUGAAGCUGAAUUACGAGCAAGGAGCUUCGCUAAGGCCGUGGGAUGUGAGAUGGCUUCCCUGAAAACCUGUGCGAAAAAGAAAUCGUUUCAAGACCUUUCAUCCGUUCAACUAAAAGUGUUUGAUGAUCUUAACUUUUUACGUUUUGCACCGGUUGUGGAUGGUUACUUUAUGCCAGACUCCCCGCUCACACUCCUUAAGGAAGGCAAUUUCAACAAGAGCAAUAUCAUUAUUGGAGUCACAAAAGAUGAUGGAACAGUAUUUGCCAAUGGGUUUUCAGGUAUCAUACCAGCCCUUGACCUCUCCAAAGGAAUCUCAAGGAAUUUGUUCCUAGAUGUUAUCAAAAAUCGAACAUGGGUUCGAAAUCAAAACUCUCAAAUCCUCGACCUAUUGAUUUAUGAGUACACAGACUGGUUAAAUGCGAGUGAUCCGCAUCUCUUACGCCAGCAGUUCAUUGACAUCAACACAGAUGCAAACUUUAAAGCCCCCGCUAUUCAGUCGGCCAAUGCAUUUGUAAAGAAAGAAUCUCCAACAUAUUUAUAUCAACUUGAAAUAGCACCCAAAAGAUUUUCACGUAGUCUACUGCCAAUACCUUCUUGGUGGGGAAUAUUUCACGGAGCUGACAUUGUUUACACGUUUGGUUUUCCUCUGUCAAUGCCCAGGAACUUUACAACUGCCGCUGAAAUCUCUUUCACCAAGGAUAUGAUGACCUUGUGGACUAACUUUGCCAAAACAGGAAAUCCUAACAGUCCUACGCCUUUAGGAACCAAUUGGCCCCAGUACACCGCUGAGCGAGGAGAAUACAUGGGACUAAGUUCAAAUAUGACAGUAAGGUACAAGAUGCGUCCAAAUAAGAUGGCUUUAUGGAAUGAGCUUCUACCAAGUCUUGGAGAAACAGUAAAACCCACCAGAAGUAGCGAUGUGCGAACAACAAUUAGAAAACCUGACGACAAGAAAGAUAAUAUCACGAUGGUCCUUGCUAUCCUAACAGGGGUGUUUGUUACUUUAGCUGUGAUUUUACUCUCCACAUUUUUUAACAGGAACAGAAUUUAAAAGGAUUAGAUUAAGAUCAGGUCUUCAUACAGAACGCUUUGAAUUUUAGUUUCGAAAAGUAAUUUGUCUUGCCCGAUACGUACGCUACACGACUGGAAAUUCGCGCCACUUUUUCAUCCAAUCAGAAGUAAGACCAAAGCCAGUCGUGACUUGUUGGAACACGUUUUCCCGCGCUUCGCGUCAGUUACAUGUAAUCACUCAGAGUUUUGAUUGGUUGAUUUUGUGGUCAGUACCCUUUUGGUUUGGUCUACAACACUCAAUUGAAAACCUCUCUAAAAAGAAAUCAAUUACAGUAGAUAUCUUGCUGUCAAAAGAUGAUUGCACGCUUUGAGGCUAAAAUAAAGGGUUGAGUCGUUUUUUA